CGUGACAGUCGGCGUACAGAUUGCAACGUAGCUAAUGAGCCAACAUUGAACAUCCUGUAGUGGAGCUAUUUAUCUGAACUUGGAGCUUGAGCCUCGGAAAUUAAAACGACAAGAAACAGAUAAACAGGGAUAUUUGUUCUACUUUGCCUCGGCUGUUGCCACAAAUACCCGCGUACAGCGUACACACAAGGGGAAGAACCGGACAGAAGGCAGUGCGUUGACGCCUUCUCCCACUGUAGUUAGCUAACGUUAGAUAACGGCGCUCUUCUCAUUAUCAGCCACACUGUUUGAAAAUGGCCACAGACGAGCUCUCGUCCAAGCUCAGCCGCCGGCUGCAGAUCGAAGAAGGGGCCGAGGACCCGGUCGCCGUGGACGUCCCCGGACACCAGAACGGGUCGGAGGAAAAACCGAGCACGGCCAACGCGGACUCGGAGCUGGGCGCUAAGCUGAUGCGGCGAGAGGAGCUGAACGAGGGGCAGGGGGAGCACUCCCAGCCCAGCAUGAAGGUCUUCAACCCCUACACCGAGUUCAAGGAGUUCUCCCGGACCCAGAUCAAAGACAUGGAGAAGAUGUUCAAAACGUGAGUGUGUAUGGGGGCCA